UUUUAUAUCCACUCCCAGAGCUGGAUGUCUGUUCACCAUGGACAUGGCCGGGUACAGCAGGUGGGACGGCAGGCUGGAGGAGGUCCCCGGAGGGCACUGGGGACGCUGGGGACAGAGACCCCUCCUCCUGGCCCUGGCUCUCUUGGUGGUCACAAUCAUCUGGGCCCUCGUUCUGAGCGUCCUGUUUUCCAAGGCCUCCACAGAGCACAGGGCGCUGCUUGGCCAGCAGGAUCUGCUGAGGACAAACUCCUCGAAGCAGACGGCGGUGCUGGGUGUCCUGAAGGAGGAGGUCCGAGCCUGCAAUAGCUGCUGCCUGGGGACUCAGGCACAGCUGCAGACCGUGCACACCAAGCUUAGAGAGGCACAGUCGAAGCUGAUCCAGCAGGAGAGCACCCUGAAAGAACUGAGCGAGCGCGUGACCCAGAGCUUGGCUGAAGCCGGUAGGGACCGUGAGAACAUCCGCACUGAGCUCUUCCGGGCGCUGGAAGGAGUCCGGCUCGGGAACAGCUCCUGCGAGGAGUGCCCCAAGUCGUGGCUGCCAUUCCAGGGCUCCUGUUACCUUUUUUCCACCCAACGGGCCACGUGGGUGGAGGCGCAGCGCCACUGCGAGGGCGCCAGAGCGCACCUGGUGAUUGUCGGGGGCCUGGAUGAGCAGGUCUUCCUAAGUCGGAACACUGGUGGCCGCGGUUACUGGCUGGGCCUGAGGGCCGUGCGCAGGGCGCGCAGGAUCCAGGGCUACCAGUGGGUGGACGGAGUCCCGCUCAGCUUCAGCCACUGGAAUCAGGGGGAGCCCAACGACUCGCUGGGGCGCGAGGACUGCAUCAUGAUUCUCCGCACGGGGAUGUGGAACGACGCACCGUGCGACAACAGGGACGACAGCUGGAUCUGUGAGAAGAGGCUCAGCUGCUGACCUCCCCCAGUGCCCCAGAGUCACGCCCACUGGCGCUUGUCCAAUCGCCUGAGCCGCUCACCGUCCUGGCUCCGCCCACCUCCAUUAAUUUCCCACCCCACCCACAGCGUAGGCCAGUAACUGCACUCUGAGACCUCCGCUCCAGCCUCACUGCAACCCCUCACCCGUGGACCUCACCUAGUCCCCACCCGCCCCAAAAUCUGAGCUCCCCAGCCCUGUGAUCUGACCCUAGCGCCCUCCCUAACCAAGGUCAAGUAACUCAAGGAUGGAGCUGUUUAAUUUACUUUAUUUACCAUGCAGAUGGAAGGCCUCAAAGAAGGGAUUUUGAGAGCUUUCUUUGCAGCCCGAGGGAGCAUCAAUAAAUGAG